CGUUUUGUGUAGAAGCCAUGUCGCUGCUGCCAUCUGGCGGUUAAGUGGAGGGACUGACAUGUGUUUAGUCGGCAGGGUCCGUUACCGUGGUUACAGUAAACCAGCGCGUGCAGUGUACAGUUCUGCUGUAUGUUUUGUAGUUGCGUGAAGAUACACCAUGUCCAACACCACGGCAAAGCAAGUGAGACCUACUGCAAAAGUGACCCGACAGUAUGGCAGGAGGACAGACAAAGAAAGGAAAAAGAGAGAGAAGAAGAGAGAAGAGAAAGGGAAAGGAAGGAAGAUGUCAAUACAACCAGUGGAGAAAGAACAGAAUUAGGGGUGACAUUAAUGAAUACCAGGAGAUAGUUGAUAGAGUGCAAACGUUAAAUGUUCGCUUUUUAGCAAGGGCUUGGAACAUUCCAAAGAUGACUUUGCAUAGGCGCAUUAGUAGCAAAGUUGCUGGCUCUGGCUACGCAUCUGUGAGGAAGCAGUACCUGCCAGUGGAAUCUGAGAAAGAACUGGCCAGUCUUAUCAAGCUCCUCUCCAAAAGAGGCUUCCCUCUUACCAAAAGAGCUGUCCAGGAUCAUCACGAGUGAUGAAUCAGUCAGGAUCUGGAACACUCCGUAUAAACCGAAGUUCCACAAACAGGAGGAUUGUCAAUGCGUCUGUGAGCCGAAGGAGCUUCUCUUUAGCAAGAGACAGUAAAGUUCUUGAUAAAGGCUCCGUUCAAACCCCCAAACACACUGUACAGGUGUUUGAUGAAACAGGGAAGGAUGUCACUCCUCAGCCUCUGUACCAGCUGGAACCCGGAGCCACGCAAACCAAACAGAGCAAAAUAUUCCCAGGACAUGACACAUCAGAAGGGACCGUCUCUGACAUUCUGUCUACAGUGUACCACACCAUGAGUGCGAGCUCUGCAGGACCCUUUACCAUGUCUGUUUUUGGGAGUACGUUAGUGUCGAGUCACUCUGCGAUGGAAUCGGUGAGCGAUGAAAUUGAGGAGAUUUCUGCAAAACAGGAAACCGUGAUUAGUCUCUCAGAACUAAAGAUCAAGAGUGAGGAGCAAAUCAAGGAGCCCCUGCUGGACAAUCCAGUGGACAUUUACCUCACUGAGACAGAGAUCAUGUGCUUCCUGGACAUUCCUGCAGUGUCCGUAUCUGUUGACGCAAAAGAGGCUGAAGCAGUCACGAAAAGGAACAAGGCAUACGCAGAAAUUUGCAAGAGCAGACAGGGAAAUGAUAAAUAUGUGGAGCGAGAAAUGCAGACGAUUAACGCAGCAUCUAAAUCUAAAGAAGUCCAAAGUGACCGCAUCAUCAUGGUGGAAAAAGGUUCCAUGGCCACCAGUUGGGACAUCUAUGACUUGUCUGUGAGCAGCAGCAGGGCAGAAGACUCAGAAGGAAGUAAUACAGAUAAAGAGAAACCCAGCAGCCCAGAUGUCUCCUCCAGUCAUCACUUUGAGUCAAACAGAGGUCUCCAGAGAACCAUGUCCAGAGUCAGUGCCACCAGUACGGUCAGUACCGCUAGCUCCCAAAGACAGAUGGAGGCUUCCACAGCUCAGAUGGUGGAUGAGCCUGACCCAGAGCAGAUCCUGCCCUCAGAGAAGUUCCAGCAGUCCUUGCAGGUGAUGGAGAGGAUGGUUCUGCUGAACAUCUACCAACACAAACUAGCUGCCUACAGAGGGCUGUCCAUACUGCCAGAUCCAGACCAUGUAGAGGACAUGGUAGCGGAUAAGGAAGAGAAUUCACUCAACCCAGCUCUGGAGCUUCUGUGGACCUUCAGCUGUGAGCCAACCAAGGGCCACAGUGUCACCAGCAUGGCCUGGAACAAGAAAAAUCCAGACAUCCUGGCGGUGGGAUACGGGCGGGUUGACUUCAAGGAUCAGAAAUCUGGGCUGGUCUGCGUCUGGUCUCUGAAGAAUCCUACUUGGCCUGAGCGGAUUUUCAACUGUAAAACAAGUGUAACAUCCCUGGACUUCUCAGCCUCUAACCCCAGUCAGUUAGCAGUGGGCCUAUAUGAUGGCAUCAUCGCCAUCUACAACGUGCAGGGCGCUAAGGCAGCACUGGUCUGUGACAACAGGAACUGUAGCCAAAAACACACAGCUCCAGUGUGGCAGGUGAGGUGGAUCAAUCGCAUACAGAGUCCAUCAGGAGAAGAUAAAAGAGAGACACUGUUCUCUGUGUCUGCUGAUGCGAGGAUCAGUGAAUGGUUCCUUCAUCAAGGCUUUGACUGCACCGAUAUUUUGAAGCUGAAGAGGAUAAGGAACGAGAAAAUGGAGCAAGAUUGGAGGCAUGAGCCAUUCAUCUCUCGCUGGGCGGUUGGACUGUGCUUCGAUUUUCACCCCCAUGAUUCCAACAUGUAUUUGGUGGGAACGGAAGAGGGACAUAUUCAUGAAUGCUCCUGUUCAUACAACGAGCAGUUCUUGGAGACCUACACAAAUCACCUAGGUCCUGUCUAUAAGGUCACAUGGUCACCAUUUUGUCCAGACCUCUUCCUCAGCUGUUCUGCAGACUGGACCAUUCAGCUUUGGAGUCAGGAUCACUUUACUCCCGUGCUGAGCUUCACUUCCAUCAAGGAAGCUGUGUAUGAUAUCAUGUGGUCCCCUCGCUGGGCUACUGUAUUCGGGGUGGUCAACAAGGAUAGAGUGGAAAUCUGGGAUCUGGGAGCUAGCAUUCUGAAUCCGACAUUAGUAAGUGAGGCCAUUCCAGGGAUGAACCCAACCUCUCUGCUAUUUGCCAUGAAGACAGACUGUGUUCUAGUAGGGGACAGUGAGGGCCAGGUCAGUGUCUACAAGCUGAAGAACUUCACAGCAGGAGAAGCAACAGAGGUGGACACACUGAAUAACAUAGUAAGCUCCACACUGGCCAGGCAGCACUGAAAGAGAGAGAGAGAGAGACCACGUGGGUCUGUUACUGUGGUGUUGGAUGUGAAUCAGGACUGAGCUGCUCUAAUAAUAACAAUAAUCUGAUCAUUCAUUUGAAGUAUAUAUCACAUUAAAAAAUACACUUAUGAAGUUUCCAGAUAAAACUAAAGUGAAAUGAAAUAAGAAGAAAUGCAACAUACAAAUACAAAUGUGAAAUAAAAAAUGGAAAUAGAGUCAA